UCAAAGUGGGUUCCUCGUCAUCGUAUUAGGUACUUGUUUUGGUAACGGUUGACGUCAUUUAAACGUAUACCCGUUUGACGGCCCAGUGUUUCACAUUUCCUGAACAACACGGGUACAGGUUUAACCUGAAAGUCUUCCUUAAACUGGAUGGACUGGCUGUUUAUUCGUCAUUCGUCAGUAUAACUUGUUUUUAAUACUGGCUGAGUGACACAUUUUAUUACUGGGUUGCUCUGGAAUAAACGUAGCACGUAAAGUUGAAAGAAAUUACAUUUCGAAGACCCCUCUUUACUCCUUUUGAGAAAUGAUAAGUAGUAUAAGCUAAACCCGUUAAGUUUUGUGUCGCUUCAACGUCAUUGAUCACAGAUAAUCCACGUGUAAAAACUUCUUGGAAUUAAAUUAGCGAAAAAUGUCAAAAAAACUGCGGAAGUUCCUUAUCUUACUGGAUAAUGAAAAUCUUCUUUAUUUUCCUGGUUCUUUUCUCUCAGGACGUAUACUUGUGGAAGUGGAAGAUCACGCUCAGGUCACCGGGCUCUUUUUGCAUGUUGUUGGGGAAGGAGUGGUGCAUUUGUCCAACAGAGGGCGUGCCGAUGUUAACGAUAAAGAAAAUUAUAUAGAUUUUCGGAUGAGACUUUUGGGAGAAGAGCAAGGUAAAUCAGAAAACAAACGCGUGGCAGUACUGUCCCCAGGUGAACAUUCUUUUCCAUUUAAAUUAGGACUCCCCCUAGGACUACCCUCAACCUUCCUAGGAAAACAUGGCUGGGUACAAUAUUACUGUAAGCUAGCACUUAAAGAGUCCUCUGGUAUUGUACACAAAAAUCAACAAGUCUUCAUUAUCAUGAACCCCAUUGACUUAAAUUUAGAACCUUCUCUUCUUAUGCAACCUUUUCACUGUGAAAUUGAAGAUACUCUUGGAGUCGGUUGUCUGUCUGUCGGUCCUGUGACAUGCACCGUCCGUCUUGACAGAGGUGGUUAUGUACCAGGAGAAAGUAUCUCCAUUUUUGCUACCAUAGAAAACAACAGUAAGACUACCAUCCGGAAGACUAGAGCAAUACUUACUGAGACGAUCCAGUACAGUUAUAAAAAUAAAAUAGUUCAGGCCGAGACCAGAGAGUUGGCGUCCUUGCAGAAAGGCCAAAUUCCAGCCAGGACAACAGACCAAUGGAAAAAUGAGCUACUCCAUAUCCCACCCCUUCCACCAACAAAUCUCCGAGGGUGUCGCCUGAUUCGCAUACAGUAUGAUGUUUAUUUCAUUAUCUAUUCAAAAGGACCAGAGAAGCAGAUAAAACUACAACUACCAAUCAUGAUGGCCACCUACCCAAUACGGAACAGCGAUGGUACUCUCCAGAGAAAAAGAGAUUCUUAUUACCCUGCAGUUCUUCCAGUGUUUCGACCAUGGCUUACUUCUAAAACCUUGGAGUAGACUAUUAUAACCCUUAAUCACGGCAUACAUAACCCUCUACUUUUACUGUCUUCGAAGUUAUUGGUUUCUGCUUCAGUUAAAAUAUUAUAUAUUGAUUCAGUUUUAUCAGCGAAUAAUGAUCGUACUGUUGUAAAUAUAGAAUAUAGUAGGUAUGGAUUAUCUUAUAUAAAUCAAUAUUUCUAAUAUGCCCGAAAAAAUAACCAUGCUUCUACGGAUAUACGUGUAAUGGUCUUAUCAUGACAACCCCGACCUCUGAAGUUUAAAGAAGCUUGACUUACUGACAGAUUUCACCGAUUCUCUACUUACCAGAUACCAGAACAUUGCUGUAUGUUAGUGCUCUUUCUUUUCUUUCAUAGAACAGAUGAAUGAGUAGUUAUAUAUAACGAUUACAAUUCUAUCUGUGGACUAUGUGUUUGUCCAAUGAUUUUGGUCAUCUGAGUGAAGGUAUAUAUAUUCAAACAGUUCGGUAUUACCUUUCGCGAUAACAACACUGAUUCAAUGUUACAAUAUUUUACAUCCACUAAUUGAUAAGUCUCUUUUGGAUAUGGAAAGACUGAUAAAAUAUUUUCCAUUUGGAAAUAAACUAACUUUUAAUAUCGAUUCACAAUUCACUAAAAUGGUUCACUGUUUUAUACAAAGAUAAUUAUAAGGGUGAAAAAGUAAAUCUGAAAAACAAAUACUAUAAUAUUUUAAAUCUUUAAAUUCAAACAAGCCAGAAUUCGCAAGCAUAGCCCUUUGUAGCAAUCUUUGGUGCAUAUGUGAUCAAAUGUUACUCUUUUUUAAUGAACUUAAGCUUUUGAAUAGUUAAAAUUAAGCAAUGGAAAAGGCUAAUUACUUAAAAUGAAUGAUUUUACACUUUUCAUGAUUACAGCUUAUAAAAUAUGGAAUUUCAAUAAGUCUAAUCAAAUAGAUAAUGUUUUAUUAGUACUUUUAUAUUAUAGAUAAAUAAACUAUGAUCAAAUAAACACUUCUAACGUGUUUUCGUUCUAUGCAUUUAGGACAAGUCUAAAGCGUGAGUAUUUAAGAUGUUAAAUAUUAAAAAGAACUGAGUUUCCAUUUAAAGAGAACCAAAUAACUUGUUAGUUACGUAUGAAAUAAGCACAUUCAUCACGAACAUGAACACGUAAUGGACUUUCACUUUCAGUGUUUCUUGUUUCUAAACUUGCUUAAAUAACUUUGUGUGCAAUUUUGUAAGUUAUUUGGUUCCGAAAAAAUAACCCGCGAAAGUGUUCUAAUUAACCUGUUAUUUUGUUUUUAUUUCUUGUUAGGCUUAGUAUUACUAGCUUUGUGUGCAUUUUAUAAUUAUUUUAAAUGAAUAUAACCUGAGAUAUACUUCAAUAUUUCCCGCUAAUUUGGCAUUUUGUAAAAAAUAUAACAUAGAGAAGGCAUUUCGUUUCAAUUUUUGUCCUGUUUAAACUUUAUUUCCAAGUUUGUGUUUAUUUCCCUAAGUUUCCUUAUGAAGAUAAAUCCUGGUAAGUUCCUCUUCAUUGUUUUUCCAUAACUAGAUAAUAUCCACUGUUUUCUUAUGUCACUAGUUAUACAAUAAAAGAAGUAUCACUAAGUCAUUUUUCAUUGCAUGUAUAGUUCAGGUAAACGUAAACAGUGGCAUCAUUAAAAGAUUAAAAAAUAUAUAUUUAUAAAAGUAGGAAGGGGCGGCGUCUCACGAAGAAUAGUAUGUUUUUUGUUUCUUAUCAUAACGCUAAUAUUCAAGUUUCUAUAACCACUGUGGGCAGAGCACAGUGUAACUCUGUGCUAAACAGCAAAGAAGAGAAAAAAGAAUUAAAAAAAGGACAUUUUAACGUAACUUUAACCCUUCGUUAUUUUUCAUUAUUUAUAAUAUCCUAUAAAAUAUUGAAUAAAAUAAUGAAUAUAUUUGUUCUGUAUUUUAAUAACAGUUUUAUGAACGUUAUCUUUUGGU